GCAAAAAAUAUUAAUUUAAAAACAUAAACAUAUGUAUGUAACUGGUUCAUUUAUUAGUUGAAAGAAAUUGGUUUGAGGAGGGAUAGACAAUUUUGGUCGUCUCAUUCUAAAAUGCUGAUUCAGGUUAACUUUAGUAAAUCUUAGGUGCCCCCGCUAUUUUAUACCCUAAGCAGGGUAUAUAGUAAGUUUUCCACGAAGUCUGUAACACCCAAAGAGAACGUCAAAGACCUUAUAAUAUAUACAUAUACAUAUGUAUGUAUGUAAGUAAAUAAAUGAUCAAUAGGACAAGCUGAGUCGAGUUAGUCAUGUACGUUUAUAUGUAUAUUCGCGAAAUAGUUCCUCAGUUUUUGAGAUAUCGAUCUAAAAUUUCUGCCCUAAACUGUUCAACCGUGUGGAACCGCCAUAUCGACCCACUAUAUGGUAACAAAAAACCGCCAUACAAACUGGUUAAGUCCUUGUAUGGACACUUUUUUAUUUGACAAGAUAUCUUCACAUUUGGAAUGCAUUACUUUCCAAAGCAACGGUAGUCGUAUUUAGCACAUUAUCAUUAUAUUAUCUAUAAUAUACAUAUAUAUAUAUUUAUAUGCUUACUACGGACAAACUGGUUUUUUACGAACAUUUAAAUUUGUGCUUACUCUUCUAAUAAUUUGAAUAGCACUCCAGAUAUACAGUGACGCCAAAACUAACUAUGGGAACCUUGCCAUACAUAUAUGAAAUCGUGCAACGGAAUUUAUUAAUAAUAUUAUUAUAAUAUAUAUCAAAACUAGUAAAAUAUGUUUUUGUCAACAAAUUACAUAAAUAAAAUUCGAAAAAUAUAAUGAUCGCUACUAUUCGCAAAUUAAACAUAUAUAUUGCCUGCCUAAAGUUUAUAAGAAAAUAGCAUUGCAUAAAGCACAUAUAAUUCCUGAACUGUAAAUACGAUAUCAUACAUAUAUCAGAGUGAUUUUAGAGAAGGUGCAACCAGAGAACGUACAUACAUUAUUUAUGUUCGCUGCAGUUAGCUAGGGGUACAAAGCCAAGGUCUCUUAAUUUUAACCAGCGAAAAGUCAAUAGAUUUCAAGGGGAAUAACUAUCGAUAGUAUUUCAAAAAACUAUCGAGUAGUUCGACUAUCGAUAGUUUUGCAGCUCUAAACCAAAGUACACGAUUUCACUGAACAUACUAUACUCGUUCGUGUAUCCAGCUGUCAUUAAUACUCGUUGUCUUAGAACUGUCAUCGUUGAACGAGAAAAACACCUGCGGCGAAUUCAUGUAUACAUCACCAGCAUUCGAUUUCUCUCUAACACAUGCCAUACCCAUGUGGUAAUCAAAAAUGUUGCUAUUGUGAGCAACAUGUCACCUCUUUUGCACUUAUAAGCAAGAGUAAUUGUUCGCUUUAACAGCAAACGGUCAAAACGAGCCAGACUAGUUUGUGAAGCGAUUUCGGUCGUAUUUCCAUCGUUGUCGUUUUCUCCAUAAUUGCGUUAUUUUUUCGCAAUUCGUGAGAUUGUGUACACUAUUGCAAAGUGUACAGAAUGACAAUUCAAUGGGUUGUUUAUUGUAAAUGAGUGAAAUCGUGUACAUGCAAGCAAAGCAUUAUAGAGAUUUUUGUAUGAGAAAUACUUGUAGACGAAAAUUGUUCGGCGUUUCCCACACAAGUACCCUGCAGUAGCAGCCACAGUCGCAGCCGCAAUUUUCGCCCCUUCAGCGUCUUGCGUAGCACUUCGCACAGCUGCUAUGUAAUAGUGUUAUCUCGCUCCGUUAUACGCACUCUAUGCCUAUGAAUGUGAAGAACUAGUCACUUAUUCGGUAUUAAAAACAUUACAGUGUACUCGUUUUGACGCGCAGUCACAAUAUUAUUUUGUGAUUUUCUAUGCUCUGUGCUUCAUCUCGUAAAAACUGUGUAUGAUAGUGCAUGCGUGCGUGCGAAAACGUACGAAAUAGACAUUACGAACAAACAUCGCGAGUGAACUGCUGCUCAUCUGUUUAUUUGUUUUCAUUUUCAUAAACAGUGGCGUGAAUAGAACAGAGUGCUACGAUAAUAGAGUUACCAUUGAAUGGUGUGAGCGAGUUGGACUGUGUGAAGAAAUUUCAAUCGCGAAACAUUGUGAGCAAUGGAACAAUAUUUGAAAGUGAAACCAGAGAUGUUACUCAAAUGUUGAUAUUAUAAAGACUAAAAACAUUAAAUAUAUUGAAUUCUCUGCAUAUUUUGGAUGCAAAUAGCAAAGUAAAUAAUGAUUUCAUUAACAAAUGAAGAGCAAAACAAACCAAAAAAGCAAAAGAAAACGGUUAACAAGCAAUUAAUACAAAUGAAAAAAGGGAAGCAGUAGUUAUAGUAUAAAAAAGGAAUUGAAUAAAAUCAGACAGUUUGUCAAAAAUUGGUAAAAGAAUAUCUUGUAAUUUGAAGGAAGUUGGUGUACAAGAAAAAGUAGAAGGAAACUACGAAGAAGGCGUACACAUAAAAACGGCUGUGGAGCGCAAUUCACUCCAGGCUCAGUAGCACCUUCAAAAGGUUAAAUAAAAAGACAACUACAAAGGAAACGGCAUACCUCUAAUAAUUUAACAAAAAUAUAUAAAAUCGAACAAAUUUAAAAGCUACAUAAAUAUGUAUAUUAAAAGACUAAAUAAAAUAUAAAUAAAAAAUUACUUAAUCAAGAGAGGGGAAAAGUGAAAAGUGCAACAUAGAGGCAAUGUGACAUACUGUGCCACCUACCCACCAUAAUUUGUUAGCAUUAGUAAAAAUAACUUAUUCUACACAAAAACAUCCUAACUAAGCAACAAGAGUAGAGGUUAUUAUUCAUCAGACUUGCCACUAUGCCAGCACUAACUCAAGAAACAACUAAGCGAGAAACAUUAAACAAAAACGUUUUAAUAGCCAGUGUCAUUGCUAAUACGCCAAGGCAUAAGAACUUUUAUUUAACUAAGUAAAAUAAUCUAUGUACCCCAUUAAAGUGAAAUCCUUCGGACUGCAUUUUCCGCGCCAUUAAGUUAUUAACUUGUUGAAUUGUGUAAAUUAAUAAUGCACGUUAAUAAACAAGAAAUAUAGAAAGCGUUGCAAAUACUACGUCAUUCCUAUAGACUGAAGUAAACCCUUUGAUUACUAUAACAAAAUUUAUGCUUGAGUCGAGUGAGUACCGAGUAUUUGUAACCAAAAUAACUAAACAAACUUGCUGUUAAAUACGUGUGUUAAAUUCAAGAAGACAAAUAGCCGACUGAUUUAAUGCACAUUGCGACAAAAUUGAAUUUAAUUUGAAUGUCGUCGGUGAUUAAGUUUUAUUAUAAUAGGAAGGACUUACUGGCACCAUGCAAAGCUUGGAUUCAUCAUGUCAAGAAGCUGAUUUUAUAAUAAAUGACACGCUUAAAAAGCUUAAAGGCUCCAACACUAGCAUAAAUAGCAACAGCAAUUCGACAACUACAGCUUUAACAUCGUUGAACUCAAGCGGUAGCAGUAGCAGCAUACUGAGACAUCAACAUCCUCACCAGCAGCUUAUCUAUCAACAACACACUUCUAUUCCUCAACAAAGCAAGCAGCCGCAAUACUCACAUUAUCAGCAGUUACAGACAGCACUGCAGUGUCCUGCACCGUCACCGCAACCACAACAGCUUACAACACCACCGCCACCACCAGCACCGUUGAGCAGCGUUACAUUUCCUACGAAAAGUUCGUUGCUUGACUCCAGUCUGCUACAUUGUAACAUCACACAGAUUCCUAGCCAACCACCGUAUUGUAUUUUCGACGAUGGAACUGAAUCGCCCAGUGAAGUUCCGCCUGCUGAAAUACUCGCAACUAGUAGUAGCAGUAAUGUUGGUGGUGGCAGCGGUAAUAUCGGUAGCUUGGACGGAAUUGUACUACUUGCAGAACCAUCUGCGACAGCAUCAACGUAUGCAAAUGCUUCGUCGGCGGUGCCAUCUCCAUCAUCAUGCUCAUCAUCCACAAAUCUUUCCAACUUUAAUUCUAUCACUUCACCUUCGCCGGUAGUGCCCGAUUUAUUGUUAUCAACACCACCGGGCGUAAAUUCCUCAUCAUCACUUGGCGAUUCAACUGCUAAUAACGCUUAUGGUGGUAUCGGAACAAAUGCAUUUCUAACAUCUUUAACGCAGUCAUCACAAUUUUCCACAACAGCAACGCAUCAAAGCAACAAUAAUAAUAUUACAAUAACCAGUAAUAACAAUAACAAAAAGGCUGAUAAACGUCCUUCCGCGUCUUUAAGUACUCAACAACAACAACAACAGCACAUCAAUCAUUCACACCAUCACCAACACCACUACCAGCAAUCAUCGACGCAUCAUCAUCCACCGCAGCAUUUGUUAAAUGCAUCGUCGCCAUUGGCAGGUGUGGUUGCAUCUUCGUCGCCCACGUCUUCGCCUAGUAAGCGGCAAAAAAUUUCUAAAGAUGCCACAAGCCGAUCAUCACCAUCAACAUCAACGACGCGUGCGUCAACUAACAAGCGCGAUGGCAACAACACUGUGCCAACUAGUAGCACAACAACAGGAACAUCUAAUACUAGUGGAACAACAACGUCGUCAGGGUCAUCUAAAUUUUUCAACAUACACGAUAAGAUUCGAGAGAAUUAUUUACAAUUGCUGGCUAAUGAUUUGAAUGCGUUUACGGAAACUGGGCUCAAACAGCGUUCACGUGCUUUUGUUUUGGAACGUUUAGUAGAGAGUGAAAAAUUAAACACAAUCGUUGUAAACCUAUACCCGGGUAAUAAAGGAUACUCAUUAGCGUUACAUUACGAUGAGCGGCAGUUGUUGACUCCUAACGGUGAAUUAGUACAUAGUGGCGAGGGGUCCGGCAAUGUACCGGGCGUUAGCGGUAAUGAUAGCGGUCUAGCUAGCAUGAGUAUCAGCUCAUCUGCCAACACAUAUAGAGGUGCUUCUAGUCGCAACACAAGUAGCAGUAACAGUAGUAGUAAGCUGAGUUUGGCCUCCAUACCGCCCGAUUUGAAAUGCGGCACCGACUUGGACAGCGCAGCGGAGUUGAAGCUAAAAGCAGCCGGCAGGACUGAUGAUUAUAGCCAACAACAUGAGUAUGCUUUAAUCGAAGUAUUGCGUUGGCCCUACGAGAAUGAUCAGUUGCUGCAGUGCAUCGAUCGAGAGGUAAUACCGGACUUUCUAGUUGACAUGUUGAAUGCACCUAGCCUCACACUGAACGCUUCUCAAGAUGAUAGCGAACCUGCACGUACCUACGCCAAGCCGAAUGUAUUUUACGCUGGGUGUGUGAUUGCGCAAAUACGCGAUUUUCGACAAACCUUCGCUAUUUCGACGAAUAUCUGUGAUACGAAACACGUCCUCCUGCGCCCCACAAAUGCUACCAUAUUUUCGGAUGUCCAGCAUUUGGCAAGCACAACGAAUAUGAGCAUAAAUCCAACAAUACCCUCAGCGGUUGGUGCGGCAAUUUGUGGAGCAGAGGACAAACUACAACUAGAAAGUCAGUUGGUGUUGGCCACUGCGGAACCAUUGUGUCUAGAUCCCGAUCCCAACAUUGGACGUUUCGCCAUCAAUGCACAGAAUGCACGUCAACUAUUUAAUACACAUGAGUUGCGGCGUCAAAUGAAGAAGUAUACACAGAUAUCGAUAAAUCGAAAACGGAAAUUGGAUCAGUUCACACAUCAUUACGGACUGGAGUUGUGUGAUUAUUUGACGCGUUUACGUGCCAGACCACGUACCAGCAGUAGUGCAAAUGCCAAUACUACAUCGGCAACAGCACCCAGCAAUAAUCCUUUGGUGAGUGCUAUGCUCACGUCAUUCUCGUCGAAAGUACCACGGCGACCGCGUGACGUCAUACGACCUAUACGACCGCCACGUCUGGAGUAUCCAGCGAAUCUGAAGGUGCCCGAGCAGCUAAUUAGUGUGGAAAAGUAUGCCAAAACGUAUGAACGGCCACGCGAAACAACCGAUUGCCAACCGCAACUGAUCGAGGAGUAUGUGCUGGAAACCGAACGCGAAGAAAAUGCUGGACGUCGUGUGAUAUAUCACAUAAAACUUUCGAUUUUCCAACGACCCUCAAAUUCUGAGUACCUGGGUGAGCUAUAUGUUGAUCGUGAUUAUCGUGAGGGUGAACGUAAUGGCGAGUCGUGUCGCUUUUCGUUGGGUACACGCAUACAUGCGAAUCGUUACAUACAACAAUUUACGGAGAUUUUCACCGAAGAGGGGCGAAAGGCGGUUAAAAUCACGCAUCUGAUGCCGGGCCACUUGCCUAAGGUAACGCAUACGGGGAUAACACCGGAACAACGACAGGCCUUGUUGCUGCAACAACGGCAGGCUGCUCUAUUAGCAGCACAACAACAGCAACAGCAACAACAGCAUGUGCAACAUGCUUCUAGCGCAAAUGUGAGUGCUCAACACGUGACCGUUGCAGCAGCAACAACGGGUAUAAAUCAACAGCCGCAGCAGCAACAGCAACAGCACGUUGUGCUGGUAGGACCGAACGGACAGCAGCAACACAUAUUGCCCGCCACUGUGCAGCAUAUAAACACUGUCGGUCUUCAACAAGUGUCACAAAGUGUUUGCGGCGUGAGCGGUAAUGUGCAACAACAGCAGCAACAUAUUGCUAUUACACCAACUGGCAGCAAUUUGUCUAAAAACAUUAAUAUUGUCGGCUUAACAGCCAGCAAUGCGGCCGCGGUUCAGCAAGUAUUGCGUCAACAACAUCUGCAGCAGCAGCAGCAACAACAACAGCAAAUUACAACACAAUUUAUUGAUGCGAACGGCUCAACGAUGCAUGUACAGACGAGCGGUGUGCAUGCGCAGCAACAACAACAAACACAACACAUACAACUACAUUCGGUGGGCGGUGGUAACGCGCACACUACAACGCAACUCAGUCUCAGCAAUGGUUCUCUAGUGUUAGUGCAACAACAUCCCAUAACGCAAAGUCAACAACAACAACAACAGCAGACACAAACACUGCAACAUGCCGGCAUCACUAUACAACCUGCCAACGUGCAACAACAACAACAACAGCAGCAGCAACAACAACAACAAAAGACUCAGGUUAUCACGGCGGCUCAAUUGAAUGCCGUUGCUGGUGCAAAUUCAGCGCUGCGCACACAACUCAGUUCUAGCGUGCCAAUAUUGCAAGCACAGUUGAAGGCCGCGCCAUUACUCACUGCACAGCAGCAACAGCAGCUUUUGCAUAAAUCUGCACAACAACAACAACAGCAACAGAGUACUGCCAGUAGUAACAAUAGUAGCAAUUCCACUACAUUACACACAAAUCCUGAGAUAAAUGCAAUAUUCACCAACAUCAUGAACAGCGCCAAUCAGUUUCAACAACAAAAACAACAACAGCAGCAACAACAACAACAGCAACAGCAGCUGCAGCAAUCCUCAAACAACACUGUGAGCAGUAGCAGCAGCAAUGUGAAGAAUAGCAGCAACGCUUCCAUACGCAGCUUGCUGAAUAGCGCACCUGCCGCCAUGACAAGUACACCUGUGGCAAGCGGCACUUUCACCACUUCCUCUGGCCAACAUCAGACUGUCACCUUGGUACAACACACAACUUCUACACCUCAACAACAACAACAGCAGCAGCAGCAGCAGCAACAACAUCAAACCAUCGUUAGUGGCGAUAGUUUUGUCCAGGUGACAACGCAGCCAACCACUGUCGCAGCGGCAACCACAACCGUACAACAGCGCAAACCGACCAACAAUGAAGUGCUGCAGAAUCUCUUGCAUACUAAUCGUAAAUUUAACAUUGUCACCAGCGGUGGUAAUAUUGUAACUGCCAGUACUGGCGGUACUACCUUCCGCACUGCAGCCGGUAAUUUGGUUGCUGUAAAUCUGAAUCAAGCCACACAGCAUCAAAAUCAAGCGGAUGGCCAGCAAUCGCAACAACAACAAACGACCGGCACACAAGCGCAGCAAACACAUCAAACGGUACGCGUUUCAAUGUCGGCGCUCGCCUCACAGUUAGCCUCCCCGCCAGCCAUUAUGACAAAUCCAAAUUCGGCAAACUUUGGCUACUCUGUAAAUACGUUAGGCGGUAGUGGUGGUGCAGUGAAUGCAGUAAGCGCUGUUAGUGGUGCAACCGGCAAUAGCAUCAAAAUACUCAAUAGUGGCGUGCAGCAACAGCGCGUGGCACUGGCAAAUGCAUUGCGGCGCGACUCGAGCAAUACGGGUGCGCCGCCAAAUGCAAUAGUUGUUGGUGUGGCGGCACCUUCGCCGGGCAGUGAUUCGAAUGCAUCGAAUGCUAGUGGUUUCGCCGUGCCACAGCCAACUAGUGCCACCAACUCGGUGGGCACUGCAACCAGUUUGACGUUGCUCGGUGCGGCCACACCAUCGCCAUCUGGUUCGGAUCAUUCGCAGUCAUCGCAAACGCAGAAUCAAGUGUUGCUUGAACGUUUACACAACAAUAGCGCCACUACAGCGACAGCGAUACCAAAUAUGUCGCCACAACAGCAAUCACACGCACAUACCCAGUAUCUAACGAAAACGCUGGUGCAAUCGCCAGCUGCUGCUACAUCCAUACACUCACCUAUGUCUAGUCCACAUCCACAGCCAUCACCCUCGCCACAGCAUCAUCAUCAUCAGCAGCAGCAACAACAACAACAGCAAUCUACUGCCUCCAAUGCCACCACCACAUUAAACUUACAAGGUAUUAAUCUAUUGCAAGGCGCUAUAGCCAAUUUCCCCGGCCUGCAGAAUGUACAACUACAAAUACCGGGCUUAGCGCAACCGCUCUCAUUGCAAUUGCAAUCUGCUGUACAACAACAGCCACAACAGACAUCACAAACGAAUGCUGCUACUGUUUCAUGUGUAGUUAGCGGCGGCGGUGGUGGUGGCAAUGCUAGUGGUGGUGUGGCUGUUUCAUCCAACAACAAUGUUGCUGGUAGCGCCGGCAGCAGUGGUAUGGGUCAGCAAACACAUAUACAACAACGCAGCUUAUUGGUAUCAGUUCCUGUCUCAACACACAGCCAACAGCAACAACAACAGUCGACACAACAACAGCAUACGAUAACGCUGCAAGCGGCAACGGGGACGCAGCAAACACAAAAUCACGUGCAACAUGUUGUACCGCCCACGGGUACAAUUGUGAAUCUGCCAACUGGCGGCACUGCCACAACUGCCGGCACACAAACUGUAGUGCUAACGAAUACUGCGACAGGUGGCGCAGGUGCUGCUAGCAAUGUGGGUAAUGCAGCGGGUGGUGGCGGCACUACAACAACAAUGCUAACCUUGCCAAUUGCUCAAUUUGUUGGUCCCGGUGUACAAAAACUCAAUCCUCAAACAAUUCGUACCUCAAGUGGUGGUGGUGGUGUUGCAGGUGGCAGCAUAGUUCUUCAGCAGCAACAACAACAGCAAGUAACGCAACAGCAAGGACAUCAAUCGCAACAACAGCAAACAACGACAAUAAAUGUGAGUGGCGUUGCGUCAGGUAACAGUGCGACUGGUGGCAGCAGCAUAGUCAACAGUGGUCAGCAGACGGCAAUUCAAUUGGUCGGCACCAUACAGCAACGACCGCGCAACAUAGUUGUCGGCACGAAGCAACUAAGCGGCGCACAACGGCAAUUAAUUGCAACGCAAAGAAAUAUUGGCGGUUCCACGCUGAAAAUCGCCACAACGCCAAUAAAUGCAUCGAAUGCGAACACCAUUACAACAACCACAAACCUAACUGCCACUCCCAUUGUGAUGUCGACGCAAAAAUUGCAGCUGAAAACGAUCAAAACGCCACAGCAACAACAACAACAACAGCAGCAACAACAACAUGCGCGCAUAUUAAAUCAAGUGACUGCGACGGCUGCCUCUCAAACGCAAACCACGCAUCAGAAUCAGCAGCAGCAGCAGCAGCAGCAACAGCAGCAAACGAUUAUAAUAGGUCAGCAUUUAGCCACGGCGCCAACAACACAGCAAUCACAACAACAGCACAUACAAGUUGCAGGACGCACCGUAACCACAACCGGCAAUGCUAGCCUAAAUCAACAACUCAUUUCGGCAUUAGCCAAGGCUGCCAAACAACAACACCAACAUCAACAGCAAGCAGCAAGUCGGCGUAGAUCGGCAACCGAUGUAAAUAAAUAAAUAUAUAUAAAUGAAUAGAGUGAACCGACUACAAUUGGCCGCACAUUAGCGACGGUUGGCUGAGGUGUAUGUGUGCGUGCGAAUGAGCGUGUGCGUGUGUAUGUAAUGUAAUGUGUAAUGAGAAAUUAUAUAAGCAAACAGCAUAAGAUAAAAACAGAUAUUAAAACAAAACAAAAAACAAAAAGAUUAUUAAAAAAGGAAACACAAAAAUAUUCAAAAUAAUUAUAUUUGCAAAUGCAAACAAAAUACGAAAAUUUAAUCUAAGGUAUUAUAUUAUACUUUGCCCUAACUAAUGUACGAGUAAAUUCAUCUACUCCUAACACAUGCCCCUACAGCAACACGUGCAUACUUAAAAAACAACCGAACAAACAAACAUAAAUAACGAACACCCAUUACCGUUAUUCGCGCAUCUUACACUGUUAACGGCAAUCAAGGCUUCAAAUUAACUAUUUCUGAAAAAUUCUAGGGUUUGAGGGUUAAAGUUGCUUAUAGUAGUAAUGCCGAUAUACAUAUUUAUGUAAAAUAAAUCUUUUAAUCGGUAAAAUAUUUGAAAUUAAUUUUCCUAAAAAUUAUGUACCAUUUAUAUAUGUAUGUAUAGAAAGUUUUGAUGAAUUCUAUUGCAUAAGAUCCUACUAUAAUUCAAACGGACACUUUUGGUAUGAUAAUGGAAACUAAAAGCCUCCAAUUUAAAGCAUAUUUACCAAAAUUUUAUUGCAAAACCAAAACAAAAAACAUAAUUCGGUUAAACAACACUCUACCCUAGUCAUCCUGAAACCUACAAACAUACAUAUAUAUAUUUAUAUAUUAUAUAUGUAUAUGUAUGUGUAUAUGUUUGUUAUUUAAGUGGCUAAAGUCGUUGUUAGUAGUUACUUAUUAAGCACCACAUACAUAAUGAGAAUCCCAAAAAUUAAAUUAAAUAACAAUAUUCGCGCUUUUCUCCGAAAAUUCGGCGUCACACUCUACAACAAAACUAACGCCUUUAAGCAGCCAACUUUGAUUCACGGUGUUUAUUGUAUACAUAUAUAUGUACUAAUAGCUCGUAUCGAAAUUAAAAUUAAGCUAACCUAAAAAAAUGUAAACAAAAAGAGAAAAAUUAACAAAAUUUGCAAUCAAUUUAGUGCUGUGUUUUUCGCCGUUGACGAAAACAAAAUUUCAUAAUCUCACCCUGCCCCAGAGGUGCCAACGCAUAUUACAGGGUCUUGGGUUGUUAUAUUAUAUAUAUGUAUAUUUUUUUUUGAUUUUUUUAAAAUUUAUUUAUUCCCUUUGAGUACUAAAAAACAUGCAUAUAUAUAUUAUUCUUGCUGCUCUAAUUUGCCUUGCUUGUUGCAGGUAUAUAUACAUGCUGAAAGGAUGUGUAACUCUUGUAAUUUUCGAAAGUAAAAAAAAAACAAAAGAAAUUACAAACUAUUAAAAACGAAUUGUGUGAAUGUGAAUUGCGCUAAUUAUCG